GAGUCUUAGUCUCAGGUCCCUGGAGGCGAAUGUAGAUUUCUUGAGCUUCUGGUCUUUGUCUCUGGGUCCCUGAGCCUAUUCGGCAAAUGCCUCCGGAUGUCUUUCUGGGCGUCUGCAGCCAUCUGGUUCUCGAUGUCCCUCAGAGGGGAUCCUGUGUCUUUGUUUCUGUGUCUAUGGGUUUUCCAAACGCUAGGGUUGUUCACGGUGUCUGUGGGCCUUGCUGCUGGCAGCCUUGUCUGGGGCUGGGGGAUCCCAUGGCAGAGUCGAAGAGUUCCAGGCCCACUAGGGUCUUGUUCUAACUUAUGCAGUCAAGCUGCCACCAUUCCCUGCCCUGGAGGGUACGUGCCACCCUGUCUUCUGGACUGAGGUCUGUGUGUGUUACCCUUCAAAAGAGCCCAGUCUGGGAAAUCACUCUUGCCAGAUGGGUCCUGAAGCUACAGGAUCCAAAUCGUAUCUCCCUGAAGGGGGCGAAGUGGGAGAGCGUGCCCAUAUGCUCGCUCAGUUCUGGAGCUCUGAAGGGGAGGUGCUUUGAACCCAGCUUACAGAUGAGGAAACUGAGGCACGGAGAGAUGACUGAUGAUCCCACCUGUCCUGGAAGCCUGGAUUGUGCCCUGAAGAGGCGGGCCAGAUGCCCCCCAGGUGCCCAUGCCUGUGGACCAUGCCUUCAGUCUUUCCAGGAGGACCAGCGAGGGUUGUGUGUACCCAGGAUGCACCAGUCUCCAGGGGAGGACCUGGCCCGGCCUAGACUGGAAGAAGAGAUCGAUUCUCUGGCCCAGGAACUGGCACUGAAGGAGAAGGAGGCUGAGCACUCACGGUUUACGGCACAGCCCUGGCCUGAGGCUGCGCAGAACCUCCUGGAGCCCCCUACCCAGGGAUUCUCAAAGUGGGGUCAAGGACUGGAACCCGGCCUCCCCUCCAGUCACGGAACCUCCCUGCCCACGCCCCACGCCUCCUUGGGCUCCCCUGUAUCUUCUGGACCUGUGCACAAGUCCCCGCUGGAAUCCCGGGGCAGGCAUGGAAGUAGCCUCAUCCUUGUGCUGGCCCUGUCUUUCUGCUUGGUGAGCAUAGGCGCCCUGGCACUGGCAGCCCUGUUCUGGUAUAGGCUACAGCGAGAGAUCCGCCUGACUCAGAAGGCCGACUAUGCCGCCACAACCAAGGUGCCUGCUUCACCUGCGACACCUCGAAUCUCGCCUGGGGAUCAGCGGCUGGCGCACAGCGCUGAGAUGUAUCACUAUCAGCACCAGAGACAGCAGAUGCUGUGCCUGGAGCGGCAUAAGGAACCUCCAAAGGAAUUGGAGACAGCUUCCUCUGAUGAGGAGAACGAAGAUGGUGAUUUCACAGUGUAUGAGUGCCCAGGCCUGGCACCGACAGGGGAGAUGGAGGUGCGCAACCCACUGUUUGACCAUUCCUCGCUGUCUGCACCGGUGCCCGGUCCCCAUUCCUCACCUCCGCUGCAGUGACUCCUAGGCCGAUGCCCACUUGCCUGCAGCCCACAGCCCACCGAUGGGAGAAGCAAGUCCUGGUGUUCCCCGUGGAAAAGAACAGCAUUGUGACCUUCUGCAUGCUUUUGGCAGGAGGGAGGCACCAGCCCCUGGGCUCCUUUGCCAGGGAGAUACUCUGUAUUAUGUGGGAGACCUAGCAUCUGCUUGCACAUUCUUCUCUGGUCUGAACCCUCAAACUUGAGGGACUAGUCCAGGAGCCCUAGAGCCCAGGCAUGUAUAGAAAGUUCUGGAGAUAAAAGCCAAUUAAAGUCUUUUUCAAACCUG